AUGAUAGUUUUUAGUAAAAAAAAACAUACUUCAGGAUUCUUUGACUUUUGUUUAAAAAAAUGUAUGAACUAUUUACCAAUUACCAAAGACAAUAAUUAUAUUAAUCAAAGUACAGCUUCAAGAUAUAAUAUUUACUCUAGUGCUGAAAACCAUAAUGGCCCAAGUAAUCUCUUUAUGGAGAUGCUAAAAUUUUAUGCCUUUAAAGCUAAAAGAAAAAAUUUAAAUACUGAAUUACCUAACGACGUUAAUACACCAAAAUCUGUGACAUCCAAUGAAAUUGACAGUAGUGUGCUAUUUUCACAAAAUACUAACAAUGAAGUAUUACUAUGUUUAAAUAUAUUAAAAUAUAAUGAUGAACAAGUAAAUAAUGAAUUAAAUUAUCUGCAUAAUUAUUUUAAGAAAAUAAAAUGUCAUACUGAUCCAUAUGCAUUAUGUGAAAAUAAAAUAAAAAAUAUCGAUGAGCAUAUAUAUAAUAUUAUAAAAACAGAUUAUAGCAAUAUUAACGAAUUUGUUACUUAUAUUUAUCAAUAUAAAGGGAAAAGGUUUAGAGUUAUUUUAAGUAUUUUAUUGAAAAAUAUAUUAACAUAUAUAGAUAAUGUAACACCAAAAAAUAAUUCUAAAUUUAGAAACAUUCAAAGAAAUAUUUCUAAAACUACUCAAAAUUCAAACCAAAAUAAUAAACAUAAAGAUGUUACUCUAUUAAGUAAGUUAUACUCAAGGAAAAAUAUUCUUAAAAAAAAAAUAAUGCAAAUUAGUAAAAAUUGUGAUAAUAAUAUAUAUACAAAAAAUAUGAUACUCGAAAACCAAUGUAAAAUUAUUGCAGCAUCAGAAAUUAUACAUAUGGGCUCUCUUUUACAUGAUGAUGUAAUUGAUGAAUCUGAAAAAAGACGAGGAUCAUUAUCAUUACAUAAAAAAUAUGGAAAUAAAGUUUCUAUAUUAUCUGGUGAUUUCUUAUUAGCUCGUGCAUGUUCUGUAUUUGCAAAUAUAGGUUAUCCAGAAAUAUGUAAAAGAUUUUCAUAUGUCAUAGAAAGCUUAAUAAAAGGAGAAUUUUUACAAGCAAAUCUUAAGUCUACUAAUAUAGAAGAUGCAUUAAAAGCAUAUCUAAUUAAAUCAUACCAUAAAACAGCAUCAUUAUUUUCACAUCUAUUUGCUUGUAUAGCUAUAAUAUCAUUUCAAAAUGAAAAAAUAAUUGAAUUAUGUUUUAAUCUAGGACUUCAUAUAGGUAUGGCUUUUCAAUUAUAUGACGAUUAUUUAGAUUAUAAAAUCGAUCCCAAAACAAAUCAACCUAUACUUAAUGAUAUUAAAAAUAAUAUUAAAACUGCUCCAUUAUUAUUUAGCUAUAAUUAUAACCCAAAUAAUGUAUUAUCUCUCAUCAAUAAAAAAUAUUUAUCUAAUGAUGAUAUUCAAGAUGUCUUGUUUUACAUUAAAGAAUCAAACAGUAUGAAAAAAAAUGAAUUAUGCUCCUUAAUGCAUAUGAAAAAAGCUGCAGAUAUUUUAGAGUCCCUAAUAUCUUAUUGCAAAUUAUCUAAAAAUACAGAACUACAAAAUUAUCAAAAAAAUGAAAUUGAUCAAAGUCGAGCAGCCCUAACAAGUCUUAUUUUUAAUACACUAACUCGUAAUACAAAGUAA